GAAGCCAUAACGAUAACUGCGGCCAGCGCUGACAUUAGCUAACGUGUUUUCAUUUUAAACGCUUCGGAAUACAAACACUAACGGCAUCUUAACGUUUGCUUAUUUUUUUUUUUUUUAAUUAUUAUUAUUAUUAAACUCAUUUGUUGUCGUUACGGACUGUUAGAGGACACCGUGUCGGGAGAUGAACUGCAGUUAGCACCUCUGAAACCUGUCGUUAGCAUGGCUGGGAUGGGAAAGACGCCUGUGGUGACCCCUCAGCAGCUAACGAGAGGAAGGUAGUGACGGUUACGGAGCGAGGUUGAACUGCCGUAUGCAAUGAAGAAGUUAUUGAGCUUUACUAAGAAAAAGAAGAGCUGUGGCACCUCAGACAAUGUCAGUGCACUUUCUGAUGGCUACGACUUGAAAGACAAGGAUCUGGGGAAGAUUCACAAGGCUGUCUUCCAGGGUGAUUUGGCCAAGGUGAAGCCGCUGGCUAAGAAGAGUGAUAUCAAUCAACUUGACAAGGAGAACAGAACUCCACUUCAUAUUGCGUGUGCUACCGGUCAUGAUGAAGUGGUUCAGUUCCUCGUUGAUAGCAAAGCCAAACUUAACCUGCGUGACAAUCAAAACAGAUCCGCCCUAAUGAAGGCAGUAGAGGGCCAGCAUGAGCGCUGUGUGGCCAUAAUGCUGGAAAAUCACGCCGAUCCAAAUCUUGCGGACGUCAACGGCAAUACGGCCCUCCAUCUAGCAGCGAACAUCCCCUCCAUUCCCACAGCGACACGUCUGUUGCAGCAUGGGGCGGAAAUUAACGCACAAAACAAGGAGGGGUUCGCCCCAUUGACCGUUGCGAUCCGUGAAGACCGUAUUGAAAUGGCCGAGUUUCUCCUGAAAGAGACAGCUGAUGUGAAUUGUCUUGACCACGAACAAAGGUCCCCUUUGAUGCUAGCUGCCAGCAGCGGUCAACACAGUAUGGUAAAGCUUCUCUUGCAGUUCGACCCAGACAUCACCCUUCAGGACAAAAAAGGGUGGACAGCUGAUGACUAUGCACAAAAAAAUGGCCAUCAUAGUUGUUGCCUCCUAAUCACAGAGUAUGGUACCAAGAGGACACACAGGGCCUCAGUAUCACGGCCAGGUCCAUACAAGAAGAAAAGACCACCGAGCAUUCCCUUCCAUGAUCCUGAACCAGGCUUUUCUUUGGGAGGACCAGCCACUGAUAAAGAGCUUGGGACAAAUGAAGCAGGGGGAGAUUUAGAAGACAAUUCAUUGUCAGAGUCAGUCAGUCGAGCUUCUAAAAGUGCUAAUGAUGAAUGGCCCUCAACAGAAGAUGAUGAUGACUCCUCUGCGGGAAAGAAACCACUUAAAGUGAACCUAAGCCGAAUUUUGGCAUCUAAAAUGGGAGAAGCUCCUGUUCUACCCGACACUUCCCUGAGUGACGCAGAAUCAGAGCCACUAAGAAAAACUAGUGUCCCAGUAGAUUCCUCUACAGUUCCCAUCCUUUCCAAAUCACUUCUUCAUAUCUCCAGAAAGGCACAAAAUUUUACUGAAGAUGAAAAAGACAAUGACAGAAAAGAACAGGAUGAAAAAGACUCAGCGAAUGCUGAAAAUAAAUCUCAAGACAGUGGGGACGUCCGUGAUGGAGUUCCGACUGUUCCCAAAGUAGAAGUUGGUAAAGAUAAAAAAAGAGACUUCCGGUUAGAACUGGGUCUGAAGAAAGGAGAAGGAGACGAGAGUUCAUGGGACUCCGAGUCAAACUCUGAACUUUCCAACGUACCGCAUAAGGAAGAGCCAAAUCUGCAUAGCCCAAAUAAAGAGGGAGCAGCUCCUGUGGAAGAUUCACUCAAAGAAAACGUGUUUUACAUUCCUUCUUUUUUAAGAGGGGAAGGAGGGAGUAGGAUGGCAGACAUAGAACCUCGCAAGAAUGUAGGCAUGCCACAAGGCAGCCAGGGAGAGGCUGGAAGUGACAGUAAGGACAAUCACAGGGAGCUUCCAAAGGAAGACAAUCUUGUACAGGAAAAGAAAGAAAGUUCUAAAGCGCUCAGUGUUUUGAGCAGCCACAAAGGAAAUGUCAACAUAAUGGACGAGCUUGGUGUCGGCGAUGUAGAUGAUCUUGAAGUAUCUUAUGUUCGUGGUGCAGAUGGAUCAGACUGGGAUUCUGCCAGCACUAUCAGUAAAAGAACCCCGCCUGGGUUGAAGAUUCCCUCCUCUUCUGGUGGUGGACAGAAAGAAGAUUGUGGUCUUCCCAGAACCUCAACACCUAAGAGGAGCAGCAGCUUUGGGAAGAGUCUACCCAGCACACCCUCCAUCUCUGCUCCGCUGCCCCAACCUUGUACAACGAAGAUAAGUUUUCAGACAGCAGACGACGGAGAAGAUUCAGAUAGUGAGAUAGAAAAGACUAGAGGCUCUCGAGAAAAUUCUCCAACUGGCAAUCGGCGACGGUUGGCGCAUGAACCUGGUACUACUGACGAGUCACAGGCGACAGAAUACACUCAAAGUUCGGAUUUUGAAGAGCACGAGGAGAGGGAGAAAGUUGACGCAGUAGAUGGAUGUGAGUUCAGUUUGAACAACUUAGGCCAUGCAGGCUCCGAUACGGAAGAAAAGGUAGGUGGAGAUACUCCGUGGGAGAAGCGUUACGAGAAACUCUGGGUAGAGGUGGAGAAAAGGGAGGUAAAAUCCACCUUUAAGAGCGUCACUGGGGAAUUAAAGGAGAGGUUUGGCGAACUUUUUAAAUCGAGGCAUCCUGCAAAAAACCCCACGGAAGACGCUUCUUCUGCGUCCAGCUCUGCGGGUGAAGAUUCAAGUGACGAGGAAGAAGAGGACAUCGUUCGCCCCACAGCUAGAGCAAGAAGUACUGUUCUUCUCACCAUCCCUGAGCAGAGAGAGUCAGGACAGGAGGACUCUAUGGCAGAGUCACCUGGCAGCUCGUUGUGUGAAGAAACGCUACCGAACUGUGAUCAAGAUGUUAAUGAUAGCUUUAUCCGUCACAAGUCAGCUCUACUCACAGUUGAUGUCGAGGCCAAUGCUUCAUCGCAGCUCACCGCCGCACAGGAAGAAAGCGAAGACGAUACCGAUCGAUACAGCAAACCUGCUUCAGAGGAUAAUGGCGUAGCUCUGCUUGCUACUGACUCUGCUGGCCGUCUACACGAAGCUGGCUGGUCCAACGCAGGCUCAGAAGAGAUUCUGACGUCUGAGCCGGCCUUGCAACACAGACGUCCAGAUGUCUCUAAUGGAGAAGGGCCUGAGGAAGAGGACAUGAUGAGGUUUUACCCUGAGAUGGCCGGAAAAGCAACAGGUGCUAUGGCGGCGCAUCGAAAGUCGUGCAUUCCCCACGAUGGCAGUGAAGCAGGUGGUUCGGCGAAGCCUGGGACCAGUGUAUGUUUAAGUUUGGUUCAAGCUGGAAGAUCUCAUCAGGAACAUCAGCUUGUUGCCAGCCAAAGAGCUCCAGUCGUGCAGAGCUGCAGUGGCAUAAAGCAAGGUGUAGAAGGGAAAUUACAGCUGGAGCUCAUGGUCCAUUGGGCCCGGCAAAGUGGAGGCCCUCAGGCCAGCAUACAAGUUAAUCGAGCAACCGUACCUGAGGUUGAGGAAGGCACUAUAAGUGACAUAACGGACAAUGAAGAAGAAGACAGGUCUAUGACUACAGAUCAACAGAAAAGCAAGGUCCAGAGUCUUGAAGACAUAAGCGUGCCUGACGAUCUAGAAGAACUAACCCAGUCGUCCGACACAGACGAUGCGGACUCACACACUUCAGGCUACCGUAAUGCAGCCUCCUUCAUGCAGAAGCUGGAGUCAUUCUCUUUGGAUCCCACGACUAUGACAAAGAUGCAGAACAUUUUCCACGAGUACGAGCGCUCCAUUCAAAAACUGCGAAGUCGCCAUGGGUAUCUGUCAGAGAAGGUGAACCAGCUGGAAGCGGAAAGAACGUCGCUGAAGGGCUUACUGGAGGAAGUCAGAGACGCUAAGUCUCUUCUGGAGCGCAACCAGCUGGAAGUACAGACUGAACUCACUAACAUCAAAUUUCAACUGAAACAAGAGCAGGAGAAUCGCCAGAAUGCCGCCAUGAUGUACGACACCUCCAAAGACAAGCUGAAGCGGCUGGAGGAGCAGCAUCAGUUUGAGGUCCAGGACAAGCAGAAGGUGGAGCUGUCACUGAGGAACAUGGAGCUGGAGAUGAGAACGCUCGCCAGCAACAUGAAACAGCUUGAAGAAGAGCAACAUGAGACUCAGAAGCUGCUGGCUCAGGAACGCACCUCCCGGGCCCUGCAGGAAAAUCUGCUCAACAAUCACCUCCGAAAGCAGAAGGAGAUGGAGGCGGAGAACAGGAAAAGCAUCAGCAGAAGCAAUGAGACUUUGUCUCAGCUCACCGAGGCCGGCGACAGGGAAAGAGAGCUGCUUCGCCAGGUUAACUCGCUGCAGGAGCAGCUGGCCUCGACAAGGUCAGACUUCGAACAUUCCCAGGCAGACAGCAGUAUCAAAGAGAGCACCCUGGUGGAGGAGAACGAGGCCCUCAAGGAGCAGCUCGAGGACAUUCGUCAAGACCUCAAGCACAGCAACGAAACCGUGACCCAGACCGUGUUCGCCUGCAACAACCAGCUGUCGGCCCUGAAGACCGAGUUGGUGAAAACGACGAGCCAGCUGGAACACGAGCGACAGGCUCGCGAGACGCUGGAGGCCGAGGCCGAGUCGACUCGGUCCCGCUUGGCCGCAGCCGUGAAGGAGAUCGAACUUCGCCUGGCGUCUCACGCAGACACAGAGAAAGCUCUGCUCAGAGAGAAGGAAGAACACCAGAGACAAAAAGACCGACUCUCAAACGAAAUAACCGCUCAGCGCGAGGCAGUCAGCAACCUGAAACAGAAGCUGGCCAAGGCCGACGCUAACACAAACAGCAUGGAGAACGAGUUCCAUCGGGUCUCUGCGCAACUGACGGAGAAGAAUCUGCUGCUGGACGCCCUGCUGAAAGAGAAGGACUACGGGACGACGCGUGCCAAGGAGCUCGAAACUGCUCUGCAAGCAGAGAAGGAGCUGUCCAGUCGCAGCGUAGCGCGCCAAGAAGCAGCGGAAGAACGCCUCGCCCAUGCCCAAAGCGAGAUCAUGUUGCUUCGGCAGCAGCUGGAAGAGGCGCAGAACCAAGCCGCCGCGAAGGAGCGCGCCAUUACUGAAGCCCAGGAGCGCUUCAGCGACAUGCUGACCAAGCUGCGCGCCGACUGUGAAGAAAGAGUUCAUCUGCUCGAGGAGAGAAAUAAGGAGCUCGCCAGCAAGGCUGCUGAACUUCGUGAGCUGAACCUCAAGUUUGAGGAAGAGAAGAAUCAACGAGAAAACACUUUAAGGCAGCUGCAGCAGGAGCUGGCCGACUCUCUCAAGAAGUUAUCGAUGUGUGAAGCUUCCCUGGAGGUCCUCACGCGCUAUCGCAACGACCUGGAGGAAGAGAAAGCUCGGCUUCUCAAAGACGUUGAGAGACUCAGAGAAAAGCUUGAGGAAACCGAAGAGAAGUACCUAAAAGCAGAGCGACACAUCAGCAGUAUGAAAAUCAGAAUGGAUGACAUGGAAAAGGAACUUCGCACUUCCGUUGCUAAACUCCAGGAGGCGGUGGCUGCCGUCGUGGCCUCUGAAAUCACCACCAAACAGUUGGAGGAAGGGUUGCAAAAGCUGGAGAUCGAGAACGCCAGACUGGAAGGUACUACGAAGCAACAGGCUGAUAAAAUUGAGGCUCUUCAGAAAAGCGCUAAGGAAGCCGUCGUGCUAGCUGACUGCUCACCUGGAGGAGGGGUCCGUGCACAUUUGGAGGAGCUGGUAUCGAACCUCCAAGGCAGCAAGAUUUCUUUGGAAGAGCAGCUGAAUAAAGAGGUGCACAAACAGAGCAUGCUGUCUAACACCAUGCAGGACUCUCAGGUCAUGUGGGAGGAAGAGACGAAGAACCGCUCAAAGUUAGGACUGCGCCUGACAGAACUUGAAAGAGAAAAAGGAGAGCUCACAAACCAGAUGGAGAUUGAAAAGAAGAAAGCCAAGAAAAUUGCAGAGCAAAAGAAAGCGGUAGACACUCGCCUUGAACAAGAGAUGAAGAGAAACAUGGAUCUUCAAAAAGAAAUGCACAGGCAACGAACUUUAUUAAAAAGUGCAAAGAAGAAGCUGCAGGGUCAAGAGAAUGGAGGAGCAAAUUAUUCCUCUAUGAAGAGCCCUCACCGGCGACAGAGUCAGACUGACGGGUGGAUGAAGGACAAGGUGGAGGAUCUGCAGGCAGAGCUGGAGAAGGAAACAUCUCGACGCUACCAGCUGGAGAAGAUCAACGGGGAGCUUCAGGAGCAGUUGGCCUCCCAGAAAGGCGUGGGCAGAAACCACGGCGAGCUGGAGAGAAGCAAGGGGCACCUGGAGAACGAGGUGCGGGAGCUGAGACGCCAAUUGGAGAACGUCCAGCCCGACCAGAGCGUGCUGGAUCAGUACCGACGUGAAGCGGAGGAAAAAGCCCACCAGGAGAUGCAGCAGAAACUGGAGCAGGUCAACCUCUUCCUACAGUCCCAAGCGGCGUCUCAGGAGGCACUAGAUGAGAUCAAAGCCGCCAACGAGGCCAACCUGCGCUCCCAGCUGGAACAGAAGAUCCGGGAGCUGGAAGGGGAGCUGAACCGAGCCCGCACCGUCCAGCAGGAGACAUUCAGCCAGAAAGAGUCCACGCGCUCCGAGCUGGAGCGCUACCGACACCUCUACAACGAAGAGAUGCGCCUGCGGAUGUCCUUAACUGCCAAACUGGAGAGGGCCAACAGCCGCCUCACCGAAGCCAACUCCAAGCUGCUGAGUGAGCGCAGCAGGAGUCUUAUGAUGGGAAACAUUACAAGCGGGAGCCUGAUGGGGCCUUCUCUGGACAUGGGCGCCUUGGCUACGCCAGCGAACCCCGGGACCUCGGUGGGGGCCCUCAACAGGAACAUGAGCGUGGGAUAUUCCCUGCCCAGUACUGUGUCAGACGGACAGGACCAAAGGGUGGAGGACUACCUGGCUAAGAUGCAGAGAGAGCUGGACAAAAACAUAUCGAAAGAACUGAGACACGCCACAGCGGAGCUGGACGCCGCCUCGGCCCGCCUGUCCCCGGUGGGCUCCGCCUCCAGGGUGGAGCUGGACCCCCUGAGCUGGGCCACGCAGCAGUAUUUGGAGGUGCUGAAGAAGAACCGUAGGAUCUGACCGCAGGUUUCCAUUCGCCACCAGAAAACUCUAAAGCCAAGACCAAGAAGCUAACGCUUUUUUUUUUCCCCUUUUUUUUUUUUUAAAAUCCUGUUGUCAUGAAAGAAACAAACUUGACUGCAUGUUGCACUUACGCCCCGCAACCUCACGGAGUGAGGGACGGACGGGACUCUGAACUAAAGACGACCUCAAGUGUUUGUUUUGCCGGCUGAAACUCUAGUUUUGAUUUGUGAAUUUUGGUGUUUUGGAAUUGCCGCUUUUAAGUGUUUGUAUUUAUCAUCAUUUUUGCCAAUUUAUGACAUUUGGUACAUGCCAUCCAAUGGUGCAAUAUCUGUGUUAAUACUAAUAUAGAGUUGUGUCCUUCUCGGUUUAUUUGUUCUUUUAUGUAAUGAACAGUAUAUACUUGAACAUGACAAGCUGGAAUGCUCUCCGGCUAUAAAAUCAGGGUCACCACUGUUUUACAUUUCAGCUUGUUGUUGGUUUGAUGAAAGGGACAGCCGGUUUAUAUUUUGUUCCAUUAUUUUCUUGUUGUUUCAUGUUAUCUUAAAAUACUGUAAAAAAAAAAAAAAACAUAUAUAUACAUAUAUAUAUAUGUUCUAUAUAUAAAUAUACAGAAAGGUUUUUAAAGUAACGUUUCAUUCGCUGCAACAACAGUGGAAUCAAAAGUUUGUAUUCUGAAUAUAUUAGUAUGUAAAAGUGAAUAAAUGAAAAGCUAUAUGGCGCAUUCAUGA